UAUCAGACAGCCAUGGCUUUCCAUAUUCGCGACCUCUACAUUAAGUUAUUGAUUGACUAUUCUGAUUGGCUACCCGGUUUACAUACGUCACUCUUUCAGCUUUAUUUCGCUUAAAUCACAUUGAUACUGUACAUUAACUACGCCGUGAACUUUUUACAAAGUAGCUAUAUUCACUUAUAAAUCAUUUAAGACAGACACUCUCGUGAAUAAAAUUAUUUUGAUAAGCUGACAACCGAGUUGAAUUUAUAUUUAAGUCUGAAAUAUAUGCGCAUUGUUAUUGUUGAAUAUUCGUUUGUAUUUGGACCCCUCAAGAUGGAUUUUAAACAACUGUUGCAGACGUUUUUGAUAAUAUAUACAGUUAAAAGAUGCAAUGGUACUAUCAGGAUCAAUGGAACUGAUGGUUCAACAGUGAAGCCAUCGACAACUGUUAAAACGUUUGUACCGGGGAGAUCAACUGAUUCGGUGGUUGUUGUUGGUGUGAUAAUUGGCCUCGGAUUAAUCUUCCUAUUAUUUAUCUCGUGCAUGCUGUUCUUCAUAGCAAGACGUAAAAUUCGCAGUGAAGAGAUGGAAGAAGGGUCUAGAGAGAGCGACCAAUUACCUUCCCAGCACAAGAACACAACAAAUAGAACGCUAACACAUCUGUAUAAUAGGAUGAGAGCAAAUAGACCGCUACCUAGCAUACCAUCAUCAUUCCGAAAUAUUCAUCCCUUCAAGUCCAGGCAACAGAACCUAUCCGGAAUGUAUGCCAGUAUUAAAAGUAUUAAAUCAAACAACAGUAACGCUAGACAAGUUCUUGACAGGCAACUUUCCGAAUCAUCAGACUGCUCUUACCUUGAACCAAUCAGAAUAACGUCAAUUAGUGAAACUGUAAAUAUUAAACCGAAAGAUUUGAACAUAAGCAAAGUAACAGAUGUUUCACCGUUUGAAACAACAAAGGAGAGAUUAGAAAUGAAAAUGAAAAGCAGCAGUCAGCGGUCUGCAAAUGAUAUGUAUAUACAUCCUCAAUACGAAGCUGAAAUGGAAAGUAAACAGAACAGCAUUGGUGAGCGUGAUGCAAACGAUAGAAAGCAGUCCAAGCAAAUGAAUGUGAAUCAUCGAGACGUCCAUGCGAUUCGUGAAGAUUCACUUGAUCAAGGUACACCAGGAGGUGCUAUAAAUGAUACAGAAAUUAUAAUUUGUUGUCCAGGUUACAUGCGGUUGGGUUCAAACUCUUGCGAAGAAACUGAUCAAGAUAAAAAUGAAAAAGAAAACAUUGACAAUAUUAACAACAGUAAAAACACGUUGAUAGAAACGGACAGUAGUGGAUAUAUGCCAAUGCGUGCAGUUUGUAAGAUAGACAAGAAACCAGUGUUAGAACAAAAUGAUAGUAUAUUCCCUCACUUGAUCGGUUUCACUUCUUAUUUUGAUGCUGACAUCAAUGAGGGCAUGGAUAAAGAAAGUCAAAAUGAAGAAAAGCAUAUUGUUAAAACUAAGCGAUAUGUGAAAGAUAUGAAGUGAAUAAUGAAAGGGAAACCUUCAUUUGUAUUUUGUUUGUUAUUUAUUUGUCUAUAUAAAUAAAACAGAAUUAUUA